AUGAAGGCCAACCUAUUCUUCUUGCCCGGCUGUGCUUCACGCACCUUGGCCUGGGAGCUGGAAGACCGGGCCAAGCAACCCUCUUUUAACCCACCUCAAGAAGACAUAACCGCCUAUGGCUCGAGAUCACAGUAUCCAUCCGAGCCUCGAUGGCCCUUCCAGGAGACCGACCAAGACAAGCAGCCUCACUUCUCACCACCAGCUCCGCCACCGCCUCCUCCUCCGAUAAAUCCGCCAAUUCACCAUCAACCCGCACCGAGUCCGAGACGAUCUGGCCACACCCGCCAUGUCCUAAGGUACUGGGGCCUCGAGAUCUUCACCCUCUUCGUCGCAAUCAGUCUACUCACCGCAAUCAUCUGGCUCCUCACCCACUACGAUGGCCACUACAUGCCGAAAUGGCCCUUUGAAAUCAACCUCAAUUCCGCCAUUGCGCUCCUCUCGACCUUUCUCCGCGCUGCCAUCGUCGCCGCCGUAGCAGAAAUUAUCGGCCAGAUCAAAUGGACCUGGUUUGCCGAACAGACCCGGCCCCUCCAGCACCUCCAGGACUUUGACGCCGCGAGCCGUUCAAUCCUCGGCUCCACGAAACUCCUGGCGAUGCUCGUGUGGAACCUGGGCUUCUCCUCCACCGGCUUCCUCGCCAUCGGUGCCGCCAUUGUGACGAUUGCCAGCCUUGCCGUUGGUCCCGUCACCCAGCAGGCCGUCCGAACGAUGACCUGCCCCAUGCUCGAGGACAACAUCCGCGCCAGGAUCCCCGCAGCGAACUACGUGCCGGGCUCGUCGGCGUACUACCGCGUCGGUGCCGGAUCCUAUGAGAUCGAGGUAGACAUGAAGAGUGCCAUGAUCCAGGGGAUUACGGAUCCAGGCAGCCAGGACAGCGACGUCCAGGUUCUCUGCCCCAGCGGAAACUGCACGUGGCCUGACUAUGGCACGGGCGUCACGCACGCGAGCAUCGGCGUGUGUAGCAAGUGCAUUGAUACGACGAGCUUCGUCAGCGAGCCUGAUACGGUCGGCAACCUGUCGCUGCCGGACGACGGCGCCGUCAUCAACAUCCUGGCCGGAAAGUACAUGUGGAUGGGCUACAGCAACCUGACCGCGUACACGAAACUCUUCAGCGACGACUUCGCCGCGGCAGCCCCUGUUUCGAUGGCUAACUUCAGCAUGCUCAUGAUUUCGACGUCUCCGUGCACGUCGGACAACUCGACGGGAACAUCGAAGCUGACAUGCCCGCAUCGUCUGUCGCAAUCCGACAAUAGUUACUUUAGCAACCUGGGGGAUUACGUCGCCGCCUCCUGUAUCUUGUACCCGUGCCUGAAGGAGUAUCAUGCGCGGUACGUGAACAACACAUUAACGGAGACGGUCGUCCGCACGACGACGGCGGCGUCCAAUCCUGCCGAGAACGCAGCGUCGCGAUACUCAUUGUACGGCAACUACACGGCGAGACAAAGUCCCUGUGUGAUUGACAACGGCACCUGGUACGAUACCACCAACCAGAGCCAGGCCUUGGACGUUCCGGGACGCAUCUGGACCAACUUCAGCGUGAGCGGCAGCGACGAAGUCACCCGCGUGCCGAACGAAUGCCUGUACAAGAUGGACGGGACCUUCUUCUCCGCGCUAUCGACUUUCCUCAAGGCGAGCUUGCUGAGCGCCUCGUGUAGGCAGUACAUAGCGCUGCCCAUCAUCUUGGUGGGCCUCUGCGGGAUCCUGUUGGGCUGGAUCAUUCUCAAGAACUAUAACGACCCCGAGCAGCCCGUCUGGAAGGGCAGCGUGCUGCCGCUACUAUUCUUUGGUUUGCAUGAUACCAUGGGGCCAAAGGGGACAGCGGGCGGAGCGAGCAAUGGUGGUGAUGGGCCCAGGGAUGGGGUCCGCAUGGCGAGGAAUAUGACGUUCUUCAAGGAGAACGGACGGUCGGCGCCGGAGCUACAUCGGAUUCAGCAGGAGUCAGGCCGGAUGCGGGUGCGAUUCCAUGGCGGGAUGGACCCGGGAUUCUUAGAUCUGGGGACGGGGAGGAGUGAUCCGGAGGCUGCGAAUGCCUCAUUUGUCUCGGUUGUGAUCAAAUGA